AUGGAGUUUAAAAACCCAAAUACAGUUACGAUUAAUCCAGUAUCGGAGCAGUCAAGCAGUGGGACCAAUGACAAUGGAAAUCAACUCGAUACACACACCAUUACUCCCGUAUCUGACCAGUCAAACGGAGGGAGUGAUAACCGUGGAAAGAAACCCGUGCCUUUGGGCAUAAAGAUCUUGGCUGUUGCUAUAGUCAGUAUGUAUACCUUUGGAAGCCGUUGGAGCAACGGAGUUACUGGCGCUUUGAAGAGUACCCUCAAAAAGAAACUUCACAUUUCAAACACUCAAUAUGCUAUCCUUACUAGCACUAAGGAUAUUGUUAAGCUUUCUCUUAUCCUCUUCAGUGGUGUUCUUACCGAUCGAUAUGGUGGAGCCAGCACCAUGCUGUGUGGUACUGCAGUCGAUACGUUCGGCGCAAUCAUGGUUGCGACAGCAACUCAAGUCCGCUCCUUCAAAUUCAUGAUCGUUGGCAGUAUAAUAGAAUCCCUUGGCGAAGUCGCAAUUAGUACUGCCCAGUAUAAAAUCCUGUCCUCUUGGUUUGCGCCCUCAUCCGGCUUCGCAUCAUCUGUCGGCAUAGAACACGGUAUUGGAAAAAUUGGUUCUUUUGUUGCAAAAUCCACUGCUAACAUCAUUGCUCAUAAUCUCGGUUUGAGCUGGGCAUAUUGGAUGAUUGUUUUCAUGAACCUUUUUACUAAUGCUAUAGCUCUUUUGUUUUGGUGGAUGACAAGGCAGUGUGAGAAGCGCUAUACGCAUAUAAAAGAUCCAGCAACUGGAGAGACAUUAACGGAGAACACAAAGAAAUUUCAGAUUAGAAAGAUCAUAUUACUACCUUGGUCUUUCUGGUUAGUUUGCUUGUUUACGAUGCUCGAGGACCCCCUAUCGAAUUUGUUUUCGAGGAAUAGCACUGAGUUGGCAGAGCAGCGGUUUAAUAUUUCACCUUCCAAGGCUGGCUUAUACUCUGCCGUAUCCCACUACUCUGGUUUCUUUCUUGCCCCAUUAAUCGGUAUCUUUAUCGAUGUGUUUGGGCAACGUAUUACGCUUAUGCUUAUCUGCGGUUCAGGAUUGCUCUUGUCAAUGUGUCUCCUUACAUGGGGACCUACUGUCGCUGGUGCGGCUGCCAGCCUUGUUAUCUAUGGGAUUUUUAGUUCCUACGACUCUACACUUAUUACCGACAGUCUGCGUACGAGCAUGUGGUACCAAGAUAUCUUUGGCUCAGGGGUUGCUAUUAGAUCCGCUAUUAAGGACAGUAUGGAAGUUAUUAUCAGCCUUAUCGCUGGCGUUCUUCAAGACCGCGACGACAAUAAGUACUAUAGGGUCACGAUUCUCUAUGUAGUACUUGCAGCUAGCUGCGUUCUGGUUGCCUGUUUGAUGCUUGCUCUUGGCCUUGCAACGGAUAAUAUGGGAAAGCUACAAUGGAGUCGCAAGAAGAGAGUUAAAAAUGGUCAUGUCAUUAACGCCAAGAGACAAGAGAGUGAAAGUGAAGGCCAUGCAGAGAAGCAGAGAAUGUUAAAUAUUAUUAACUUCUCUGCUGUUCUCUUACUUAUUCUUGGCGCGUGGGUGAGUUACCUUUGGGGCUUGGUUACAAAGCAGAAUUAG